AUGGGUGAAUCUGAGGCUUUUGAAGAGUUUAUUAAAACUGCUCACAAUCCUAAAUAUGCUAGAGUGUCUAGGCAAACCACCACUAGAGACAUACAGAAGUACUUCACUGAUUGCAAGGCUAAACUUGUUGAGACUUUUGGUACUUCUGUUAAUUGUGUGUGUCUAACUUCUGACAUUUGGUAUGGUAAUGCCAAAGAGGAUUACCUCAGUGUUGUUGCUCACUACAUAAACUCUGACUGGCAAUUAGAGAAGAGGGUUCUUGGUCUAGUUCUUAUUGAUGUGUCCCACAAUGGACAAAAUAUUGCUGACCGUGUAGCAUAUGUUCUUACUGAUUAUGGUUUGACUGAUAAAGUGUUUGCUGUUACUUUAGACAAUGCAUCAUCUAAUGCUUCAGCCAUGCUAAAAUUGAAACCUAUCCUGUCUCACUACCUUGGUUUUGAUGUUACUGAUGAACCAGAGUAUGCAUCAUUUACAUUGUCUGGUGUGUACUAUCCUACAUCUCCACUUAUGAUUCAUUAUCUUGUUAAGAUUGCUUUGCAUCUAAAAAAUUAUGCUAAUGAUAUACACAUCAGAUCUGUGGUGCAACCUAUGAUAGACAAAUAUAAUAAGUACUGGAGGGGCAUACCUUUACUGUACUCUUUUGCAUUCAUCUUGGACCCCAGAGCUAAAAUGAAAGGUUUUACUAGGGUGCUUAGAAGGUUAGGUGGUCUCACCAGUACUGAUUAUUCUACUUAUUUGGUUGGCACUAGAGCUAGACUUACUGAUGUGUACAAUAAGUAUGAAGAGAAAUAUGGUGCUGUUAGGUUGAGGAGGACUGACCCUCCUGUCCUGUCUGGUAAGUCAAGAUCUGCUUGGGACGAAAUAUAUGAUGAUGAUGGUGCUGCUGGUUUGGUUUCUGGUAGCUUGCCUGGUACUCUUAACAUGUCUAGAGAUACAUCUGCUACCUCUCUGCUGCAUGCGGUAAGGUCAUCAGUUUCAGCUUCCAAUGCUUCUGAACUUGUGUCCUACUUGGACUGUGACACUGUCAACCACCUAACUGAUGACUUCAACAUCUUGAACUGGUGGCAUCAGCACAAACUUACAUACCCAGUACUCUCAAUCAUGGCUAAAGAUAUCUUAACUGUUCCUGUUUCUACCAUAUCUUCAGAAUCCACUUUUAGUAUGACUGGCAGGAUCAUCGAGGAGCGAAGAAGGAAUCUGAAGCCUGAAAUGGUGGAGAUGCUGACCUGCAUCAAGGACUGGGAGGCUGCAGAAGCAAGGCUGCAACAGAAUGUGGAAGACAAGGAGCUUGAACAAGCUUUUGAAGAACUUUAUCUUGAUUAG